UUUAUUAUUUUCACGCAAUAAUUCCAUUUCGGUUAACUACCCAAAUACUGUAACUUUCAAUAUUUGAAGAUGUAGAAAAGAAAAGGCGAAGUAUCUUCAAGUUUUGGAGUCCAAAUAGCUGUCUUAAGCGGACUUAGAAAGGCCAUGCACUCUCUUUCCAUUUCCCCUUACUUUGCCUCCAUAAUACGCACCAAAAAUAAGCGGAAAACUCUUUUACCAUCGAAGAAACACCGAAACCUACAAAUUAGGGCGAUGAGAGCCGUGGUCCAAAGAGUCGCCUCCGCCAGCGUCGAGGUCGAUGGCGGCAUUGCGUCGGAAAUCGGACCUGGUCUCCUCGUCCUCGUUGGACUCCAUGAUUCCGACACCGAAUCUGACACCGAUUACAUUUGUCGUAAGGUUUUGAACAUGAGACUGUUCCCUAAUGAAAGUACUGGCAAAGGAUGGGACCAGAGUGUCAUGCAAAGGAAUUAUGGAGUUCUACUGGUGAGUCAAUUUACGUUGUAUGGAUUCUUGAAGGGUAACAAGCCAGACUUCCAUGUGGCAAUGCCGCCACAGAAAGCAAAGCCGUUCUAUGAAUCUUUAGUUGACAAAUUCAGAAAAGCUUAUAAGCCAGAUGCAAUAAAAGAUGGAGUAUUUGGAGCAAUGAUGAAGGUUAGUUUGGUCAAUGAUGGGCCAGUAACAAUGCAGCUUGAUUCAUCUCAACCAUCAAAGAAUACAAGUGAGAAGGCAGAAGAAUCCUAAAUUGGUGGAUUGGUAGAAUAUGUUGAGAGGUCUAUCUUUGUAGAAUUUGUCACAAACCCAUAAAUCUUUAAAUAGUUUCGUGGGAUGUCAGACAACAAUUUAUUAUAAUUCAGAUCAAGCUCAACCUUUUAAUAUGAAAUCAGCUUUUA